AAAAACCGACAAGAGUGUAACUAUUGUUGGAUUGCCGUGAAGCCAGUGAAUUAUUAUAUCGGAGAUUAAAUACGGUUGGAUCAUAGAUUGUUGCGUAACAGAAAUUCAGCAUUUAUUCAGAGAUACAGAUGAAAGAGCUUCGCAACUUAGCCAUCAUAAAAGCCGACAUACUGAGGCGCUUAUGGAUCAUGGAUCCUCCAAUGCGUCCAACUGCUCCUCAUCUCACCACAAAACCCCCACAAAGGUCAAAGGGGAUGGCUUUUAGAUCACGCGAUAUCACCAGAAUUCUCUCAGAAGUAUCAGCUACGGCCGCAGACACUCACACCAUUCAGUUUGAGCUAUCCGGCAUUUCGUCCGAUAAUCGAACGGUUAUAGACAUGGUAAAUUUACUUGUGAGACUCAAAUACAAGAAGAAACGAAAUCAACUCAGUCUGGAUUUCCAGUCGGUCAAAUCAUCGGAUAAAAACAACAUUGAUUUGACAAAGAUGAGCAAAAAAGACAUUUGGCUUACGGUGUCCAAUGUGAAGCACGAUGGAAAACAAGGGACUGUACUGACAUCUCGCCUCAAAUAGAC